GGUUGGCUACAUUGUAUCAGUUCCCACACGAAGAACCAGCGCGGCGCUCAUCCAGAGACACGGCGGACACGGAGGAAUUAACCUGGAUGGAAAGCUAUUCACUGUGGGAUUAACUGACAGAGGGUCGCGGGAGAGGAACCGGACUUGUGUCUGGUUUGAGACGUCACCGAUAAAAAUGCGCUCGGGACUCGGCCGUUUUCGUUGUGGACGGUAUCUCGAAGUGUGAUGGCAGAAGUCCAGUGAAUCGCUGGCCUCCUCUCCUCUCUUGUGUUGGAUGUCUUGGAGAGUGCGCUGCCACUGCUUUCUGGUGCUUCAGAUUUUUUUUUUUUUUUUUAGAUUUUUCCUGUAAUUAAAGCCUAAUUACUAUUAAUUUGUUUUAAUUUUUUUUACGGAGCGCACACCAUCAUGGGCAGACCACGGUUUGGAAUAGGAGUAUGUAGUUAAGUCGGAUAAAAUGUGGUUAAAUGGGACAGGAACGAGUAAACCGUGAGGAUUCUCUAACCCUUGCCCCUGUGUCCCAACCGUCUAAGAGGGUGUCGGACCUCACUGAGGCAAUCCUGGGCCGUUGGCACUAAAAUGUCCCUAAGUGGUGGCACUGCAGGCGGGAAAGGUGUGGACUCUAAUGCGGUGGACACUUACGACAGCGGGGAUGAGUGGGAUAUCGGUGUUGGAAAUCUGAUUAUUGACCUUGACGCUGACUUAGAGAAGGACAAACUUGAGAUGUCUGGCACCAAGGACGGUAUGGCGGCACCACCAAGUGCAGUUGCAGCGUUGCCUGACAACAUCCGGUUUGUUAGUCCAGUGUCUGGCACUCAAGGCAAGGAAAGCAAAUCCAAAUACAAGCGCAGUAAGAACUCUAAAGACAAUAAUAACAAAGCUUCAGCUGGAGAUGGGGGUAAAAAAGAAACUACAGGACGGACUCAAGGGGAGCCAACAGGCACAGCAGCAAGUGCAGCAGCUGCUGGCAAUAAUUCCACCUCUGGGAAGAACAUGGAAAAAGUGGGAAAAGCCUCCAGAGGUGUUCUCGGUGGUAAAAAGGAGAAAGACGGGGCUAGUGGGAAAAGUAAGAAGGACAAAACAGAUGGUGCCCCAGUCGUUGCAAUAGGUGUCACAGAGAAGGACGUUGUUUCUCAAGCCCAGAUUGCUUUGGGGAAUAGUCGUAACGCAUCCUUUGAGAACACACAAUCAGCAGACUUGGCAGAUGCCAAUCAAAUGGGGAAUAUUGCACUUGAACCUGUUGGGAUAGUACCAGCACUGACUACAAAAACUGAAUCAGAGGAGGUGGAAAAUGGUAAUGGUGAAUGCAAGACGUUAAAGAAGGUAAAAAAUGAAAAGAUGGAAUCUCCUGUCUCCACGCCAGCUCCACCCCCCCUCCACCUCCUGGCCACAGUAGGCAACAGUGAGAUCGCCUCGCCAUGCGAGCAGAUAAUGGUGCGCACACGCUCGGUGGCGGUGAACACAUCAGACGUGGCCCUGGCUACCGAACCUGAGUGCUUGGGCCCCUGUGAGCCUGGUACCAGUGUCAAUCUUGAAGGCAUAGUGUGGCAGGAAACUGAAGACGGCAUGCUGGUGGUCAAUGUUACAUGGAGAAACAAGACAUAUGUGGGUACCCUGUUGGACUGUACACGGCAUGACUGGGCACCUCCAAGGUUUUGCGAAUCUCCUACAAGUGAUCUGGAGAUGAGGAAUGGUCGUGGUCGGGGUAAACGAAUGAGACCGAAUAGCAACACCCCUCUCAACGAGAACAGCAACUCAUCAGACAGCAAGGGCACCACCAAUAAUAAGACACGGGCGGCCUCUAACAGCAAGGGUCGGAGGGGCAGUCAGACACCAUCAGAGCGUCGUACCCCACCAAACAGUAACACAGAGGACAUCAAGGCCAGCCCCUCUUCGGCUGGAAAGCGCAAGACCAAGCCAGCCUCAGACAUGGAACCCAAUUCCAGCUCAGAGGACACCAAAGGCAACAAACGUAUGCGGACAAACUCCAACAGUGGAGGGGUGGGACCAGCAGGUCUUCCUAUCCCUUCUAUUAAAACUGAGCCCCUUCCACCUCCCCUCGAUCGUAGCUGCCCCUCCCCAGUUCUUAUUGACUGCCCACACCCUAACUGCAACAAAAAGUACAAGCACAUAAAUGGUCUCAAGUACCACCAAGCCCGCGCCCACAAUGAUGAUGACAUAAAGUUGGACUUAGAUGGCGACAGCGAAUAUGGAGAGGACUCAACUCUCCACCCUGAACCAGGGAACUGUAAUGGAGCAUCUAUCUCUCAAAAAGGAUGCUUAUCUCCAGCACGUUCAGCCACUCCAAAAGGCAGGAACUUUGAUGCUCAGAGUCCUUCUCCAUCUCCUGGCAAGUUUGGUUCAAAACAGAGUAAAAAGAAAAUUGCUGAAACAGAUGCUGAAACAGGAGGUACACCGAUGGAUGGGUGUGAGGAUGGGCCAUGCCUCACUGAUGAGGCCAGUAAUGAUGGUAUAGAUGAUAAGAGAGGAUCGGAAAAGUCUAAAAAGGCAAGCACGAGUGCGAAAACAGAAAAGAUGGCACAGAAAAACUUGAAGUCACCACGGCCAAUUGGCCCUGGCCCUACAGCAACCCAGCAGAUGUACUCCUUUCCUCCUGGAAACCCAAAUUCUUCCCCGGGGCUUACCCCAAUGAUGCAAGGAAUCCCUAAGAGUCCCCAAAUGAAAGGCACACAGCCUAAACCCCCUGCCAUCGGAGAUCCUGCCUCCGGUAGCUCCAAAGACAAGAAGAGGAAAGACAAAAAGAAAAAAGAUGGUGGAAAGGAAGCUGAUAGCCCCAAGCCUCCAGGAAAGGGAGGAAAACUGGAGGAAGGAAAGCUUCCAUACUCAGAACCAUGCGAACAGGGGAAUAAGGGGGAAGGGCUUCUUAAUGGUUCAUCAGAUCCUCAAAGUCGCUUGGCCAGUAUGAAGGCUGAGGCCGACAAGAUAUACAGCUUUUCUGACAACGCCCCAAGCCCAUCCAUUGGUGUUGCCAGUCGAAUAGAUGGCAGUGGGAUGCCACAGACUCUCACACCACUUCACAUGGUGAACCAGAAUGGUGCUGACAACUCUUCAGUCAAAACCAACAGCCCAGCAUAUUCAGAUAUUUCAGAUGCUGGUGAAGAUGGAGAAGGGAAACUAGAAGCUGUUAAAGUCAGGACAGAGGACCAAGCCAUCAGGGAAAGUGUCAAAAAGGCGCUGUUUCCUAAUCAGACACCCAGCAAAGAUUCCCCUUACUAUGCCGGUUAUGACACGUAUUACUCACCCAAUUAUGUCAACCCCAGUCCUGGAGGGCCCAAUCCAGGUGCAACAGCUGCCGAAGGUCAGGUAAAGAUUAAAAGGGAGGAUGAGCAGGACCAAGGUGAGGAAAAAGUCAAGGUUGAGGUUCACGAAGAUCGCAAAGCUGACAGCACUGCUCCCGGGCAACAACAACAGCAACCCUCAGUCAUCCAGCAGCGAUCUAACAUGUACAUGCAGCCUCUUUACUACAACCAGUAUGCUUAUGUCCCUCCAUAUGCAUACCAUCCCGAUCAAGCCUACCUGAUGAGCGCCAACCCAGCCUAUCGGCAACAGUAUGAGGAACGGCAGCGACAGAUGGCUGAGCAGCAUCGUGCUGUUGAGAAGAAGUCAGAUGUAUCCAUGAAAGAGCGAGAAUCUUCCAUGAAGGAUGAGUGGAAACAAAAAAGCCCAAUGCCACCAAGCCUCUCCAAAACACCAAGUCAAUCAGACCUGGGAAAGACGCAGCAGCAACCAAGCAAAUCUAGGGACUCGCCCUCUGAGCCCACCUCCAAACCAAUGGGAACUAUAAAGGGGGAGGACUCAAAGUCCCAGCAAGCUGAGGGACUAAAGAUGAAACUGACUGAAGGAGGUCACCAUGGCAAGGAAGAUCCCAAGCAAGCACUUGAAUCCAGAGGUCAGGCAGGGCUGGAGCAGGCCAUGUGGUUCCGACAGUACCCCGAGAGCCAGAAGCCUCAAGCAGAAGAUGAACACCAGCAACAACACCCUCGAUGGAAGGAUAGGGAACAUGAUCGUAAAUUAAAGGAUGAAAGGCCCAGGCCCAAGGACAGUCAAAGUGGGCCCAAGGAGGAUGGCAAAGAGAGCAGUGAUCCCAGAAUCACUUCUGAAGAGCAUCGUGCUAUGAGCAAAGACUCUCGUUCUAAUCCUCACAUGCAGUUCUCAUCACCACUAGCACAGCACCAAGGCUACAUGCCCUACAUGCAUGGUUACCCCUAUGGACAAGGCUAUGACCCCAACCACCCUGGAUACAGGGGCAUGCCCUCGGUUAUGAUGCAGAAUUACCCAGGCUCUUAUCUACCUGGAGGUUAUCCCUUUUCCCCAUAUGGGAGUAAAAUCACCGGGGCUGAGGAAGGCAGCGAUAAAUCUCGUGCUAGCCCUACUGUCACCAAAACAGCAACGGACUCCAAAGCCCUGGAAAUCCUGCAUCAGCACGCCAGCCAGUACAAGAGCAAAUCCCCCACAGUAGGUGACAAGCCACCCCAUGACAGGGAAAGGGAGCAGGACAGGGGAGCUUCUGGAGACAGAGAUCGGGACAGGGAGCGCGAGAGGGAAAGGGAGAGAGACAUGGACCGACCGCGGUCCUCACCCUCCCAGCGGAUCAUGCCCUCUCACCACCACCUGGGAUACCCCCUGCAAUAUGAUCUGUCUUAUGCCACAGGAAAACCUGACCGUCACACCUCAACCCUGCAAAGAUUCAUGUGACUGGCUCACAUGAGAACAAGAUCUCCCGGGUGUUACCUUUUAGACAUCAGUUGAAUGGUGUUUCUAUCUAUAUUUUUCAGUUCUUCUGCCCCAAGGAUAAGGCAGACUGUUGUUGUUGUUGUUGUUGUUUUCCUUCCCCCCCUCCUCUCGUCAAACCUUGGACUGUAACAGAACUGAUAAUAUAACCCAGGUUCAAAGCCAUCGCUCUGCCCCGUCACGCAGAGGAAACACCAACCCGCUGAUUAUCUAGUCUUUGCACUGUCAACAAAUACAAUGCAAAAAGAGACUAUUGGACUGCCAGAACAGCUUUUUGUUGUUGUUUUUUGUUUUUUUUUUCCUUGGACUGCAUUGUUUCUUGUUUUGUUUUUUGGGUUUUUUGUCACACGCAGAAAGAAAUUGGCAAGGGAUUUUGGGAAGUUGGGUGGCUGAUGGGAAAGAGGGGUCAAACUAAAGACUGUUUAAAAAAAAAAAAAAAAGUGAAUCACUUUGGCUUAUUGUAUGCCGUGAAACAACAGUAUAUCCUUAACUUGACAAAUGUUUGGCUAUAUUUCAUGGGGAGAGGGAAUAUGGCAACAGCUGCUUUCUUCAGAGACUUAAGAGCCUGAGGCUGAAGUUUUUUCAUUUUCCAUCGUCAUCGUUUCCCAUCCUCCUCGAGCCCUCACGUCUUGUUUCAGGGAUGAUGUCACGUUCUGCGAAGGGACCGCGUACACCUCAACGGAGAAUAAACACUAUUCAUGUUUUCUUUACUUCUACUCCAUAUCAUUGUGCUCAUCUUUGAAUGUGUCUGAUGCUGGUAUUGGUCCCGUUAUUUUCCUCAAAAUGAAAGGGUCGCAUCUGUUUUGCCACUCACUCAAACAGUGAAGCCACAUUAGCGAGCGAUGAGUUCACAGGGCGUUCUGUCAUCACGAUUAUCGGGCCACUUGUGUGGGUUUUGGUGUGUUUUGUUUUUACUGUAAGAUUGUGCUCCUUUAAGCUUGUCAAGUUUGAUUGUUUCCUGUAAACAAUGUGAAAGUUCACUCAUGUAUUUUUCUGCUGUAAUAUAGACUUUUAUCCUACUUUUAUGUGCAUAAAUGUUUAUAUUCAUCCCAGCACGCAACUGCUUAAGAAACUGUUAAAUAGCUUCCACUGCGUUUACCAUUAUGCGCUCAGAUGGUCACUGUUGCUGUAGAGUUCCUGAACUUCUUGUGUGCUUCCUUAUUUGCCCCACAGGUUUUGCUUGAGCUCAAACUUGGUUCACAUCUCCACUCAUCCUAACAAGCAGUGUGGGGGUUGAUUCAUUGAAGAUCUCUGAAUUGCUUGGAACUGACAAUUUACAAGGUGUUCUAGGACUUCUUCAAGUUUGGCCACUCUCCCCUUCAAGGUCAUCCUCUGGUGCACCUCUAGACUGUUUUCAGUACUGCUAUUUUUAGGUCAGUCCCUUUGAAGUCCCCCCCUUUUUUUUAUACCAACGUUCAACAUUAGGGCACCAUGAAUUCCUCCUCCAGGGUCAGACUGUCAGUAAGCAGGAUUAUGUGGAAAUAGCCUAAACUGCUUUGGCACCCAGCACAAUGAAAACACAAUAGUUAACCAUAUUCAGAAGAUUUGGAUCCCUGCAGCUCUAUUGAUUUAUCCCAAAUAAAAAUCGAGUUGAAGUGUCACUGUUUUAACACACUGGUGGAGACUGCACAGGCACAUGUGUGAGCAGAAAAUGCAUAAAUAAAUGAAUGAAUGCAUGAAUAAAAAGCAGCCAUGCUAAAAGCACUGCAGUGCUGCCCAAGAGCAUGACCUUGAUGGGGGUUUACAGGUAGUCUCCAAACCCUAUGGUUGUACCUUGUAGUGACAAUGGUGACAACAAACUGGAGAUUCAGUCAUUUUUAGGUUAAUAUUACAGCGUGAAAAGACUAAAAAUCCUCUUGGUGCUUCGCUUGCUCGUGUGGCUUCACCCUAAUAGACAUUCACUUCAGACUAUUGUUAGCUUGUUUUUAUAUUUUUCAAACUAGCAGCUAGCUUUGGAUUAGUGUAAAAGAAGGCAAAUGAGUCUGAUACCUCAGACUGCAGUUUUAUUUGUUAGGUUGUUGCCUGUGCUGGAAGGUCAGCUUAUUAGCACAUUGAACAGAUGAUAACCCUAUAAAAAAAAUUCCAGCUGAUACUAUUACAAACACGAACCAAUCAGAUGUUGACACAAAAAAAAUGGAAGUGUGAGCCAGUGAAAAUGUGGAGCAACAUGACCGUGGUAAAAUAAGCAAAAUGGGACCUGGAGUAGGGAGGCUCAGAGCUGCCCAAUCAGCUCUCAGCUUUCCUUUUGACCUCUAACAGGUGGUCCCUCUUUGUAAAUUAGCAGUCUAGUUAACAAAAAGCCAGUGUCAACGUGUCCUGUUAUACCAGAGAUACCUCUUGGCUUUAUAGUACAGUUCUCUUAUACCUCAGGGGUUGUAAGUGAAAUUCUAUACACAUGCAAUUUGCAUUGAUUUGAGAGGGUUUCUGUUUCUCUGUGUGUGUGUGGGGGGGGGGGG